CUGGUUUCGGUGCUGAGGGAGGUGAGCUACCUCUCUGGCAGCCAGAUGGGAGCCGUCCCACCAAUGGCAGCAGAAAUCUAUUCCUCCAAGGAAUCAUACCGGCAGAUGGUGGCCAACUUGGAGCUGAUGGUGAACAGAUACAAUAAGGUCCUGAAGACAGUCCUGGAGGUCGAAUACCCUCUAAUACAGGGGCAGCUGCGGGACAUUGACUUGAAGCUGCACGAGGCAGAAGAAACACUGAACUGGAAGAUGGAGGGUGUCUGGGAUCACAUCUCCGUGGUAAUGAACGGUGUCCACGACCUCGAGCAGAGGAUACAGAAAGCCAAAAACAACGUUGAGGAAAUCCAGACCGUCGUGCGAUCGUGGGUGUCGCCCAUAUUUGAGAGGAAAGAUUGCAAAAGGGAAUCGCUGCUAAGCCUAGAGGAUUGCCAGGACCGCCUGGAAAGACGUUACAACCUUGUCAGAGAGUCAGGGCAGAGGAUUCAUUCACUGGUGAAGGAAAACCAGAGCCUCUUACUUGCAGACCCAGCAUCUGAAGCCUGGAAGGCCUAUGUGGAUUAUUUGGAUGAGAUAGUCCUGGAUGGGUUCUUCACCGCCGUUGAGUGCUCGCUCAAGUACCUCCUGGAAAACACAGAUCCCAAGGCAGGGCUCGCUCCCCUGUUUGAGGUGCAGCUGGAUUUGGUGAUCCCAGAUUUAAUAUUUCAUCCCUCUUUGGACCCUGGCACAAAUGAUGGCUUCUAUGACAUGGUGGAAGGUCUUCUCAAUGACAUCUACCGGAUCUCAUCGCUGGUGCCCAGGCUGGCUGAGCACAGCGGCUUCCUCCACUACCAGGCUGACAUGGAGGACAUGGCUGAUCUGGCCGACAUGCGCCACGACCUGAUGGGACGUGUGCAGGCUGUGAUGGCGGCCUGCUGCGAUUACCGCAGUACCUUCGACCGCUACUCCUACCUCUAUGGGGAUGACAGAAAGGAGUUCUGCCGCCAGUUCCUCCUCUACGGGCGCAUCCUCACCGCUGCAGAAAUUGAGGCCCAUGCGGAGGAUGGGGUCCCCGAGACACCUCCCACGCUGCAGCAGUUCAGAGAGCAGAUCGACUCCUAUGAGAAGAUCUAUGAGGAGGUGAAUCGCAUUGAGCCCGUUAGCAUCUUCCAGGGCUGGAUGAAAGUUGAUGCUCGGCCUUUCAAGGCUUCCUUGCUGAACGUGAUUAAAAGGUGGAGCUUGGUGUUCAAACAGCAUCUCGUGGACCACGUCACGCACAGCUUGGCUGACCUUGACGAGUUCAUAAAAACUGCUGAUAAAGGUUUGAGCAAAAAGGUUGAAAAAGGCGAUUAUGAUGGCUUGGUGGAGAUUAUGGGUCACCUCCUGGCCGUUAAAGAAAGGCAUGGGGUCACCGAUGCCAUGUUUGAGCCCCUGAAGCAAACCGUCGAACUGCUGAAGACGUACGAGCAGCAGCUGCCGGAGGAAGUCUAUAAGCAACUGGAGGAGCUGCCAGAAAAAUGGAACAAUAUAAAGAAGCUGGCGAUAGCUGUGAAACAGCAUGUGGCUCCUCUGCAGGCGAAUGAAAUGACAGUUCUGCGCAAGAGCUGUGCGGCGUUUGAUGUUGAGCAGCACAGAUUCAGAGAGCGAUUUCGGAAAGAAGCACCGUUCAGGUUUGACACUGAAAAGCCUUAUCAACUGUUGGAUGCAAAGCACAUUGAGAUUAAACAAAUGGAGUCAGCCAUGACCUCGAUUUAUGAAUCAGCUGGUCUGUUUGAAGUCAUGGUGCCAGAUUAUAAACAACUGAAGCAGUGCAGAAAGGAGCUGUGUCUUCUCAAAGAGCUCUGGGAUAUGAUCUCCCUUGUGAACACUAGCCUUGAUGACUGGCAGACCACCAAAUGGGUGGAUAUUAAUGUGGAAAACAUGGAUCGGGAGUGUAAAAAGUUUGCAAGAGAGAUUCGGAAUUUGGAUAAGGAAAUGAGGGCAUGGGAUGCUUUCACUGGGCUGGACAGUAAGGUGAAGAACAUGCUGAUGGCCCUGAAAGCUGUGGCAGAACUUCAAAAUCCUGCCAUUAGAGAAAGACACUGGAAUCAAUUGAUGCAGAUGACAGGUGUGAGGUUUGUGAUGGACUCGGACACCACACUGGCUGACCUUCUGAAGCUCAACCUGCAUAACUUUGAGGAUGAAGUUCGUGGCAUUGUAGACAAAGCAGUGCGAGAAAUGAGCAUGGAGAAAGUCCUGAGGGAGCUAAAAAUGACUUGGAGCACGAUGGAGUUUCAGUAUGAGCCUCACCCUCGGACGAACAUCCCCUUGCUGAAGUCUGAUGAGGAACUCAUUGAAACGUUAGAAGACAACCAGGUGCAGCUGCAGAAUUUGAUGACAUCCAAAUAUAUUGCUUUCUUCUUGGAGGAAGUGUCUGCAUGGCAGAGGAAGCUGUCCACUGCGGACUCUGUCAUUUCUCUCUGGUUUGAAGUGCAGCAUACAUGGUCUCACUUAGAGAGCAUAUUCAUAGGCUCGGAAGAUAUACGGGCACAGCUUCCCGAGGACUCCAAACGCUUUGAGGGGAUUGAUGUGGAUUUUAAAGAACUGGCCUACGAAGCUCAGAAAACCCCAAAUGUAGUUGAGGCCACCAAUAAACCAGGUCUGACCCAAAAACUGGAGGACAUUCAGAGUAGGUUGUCUCUCUGUGAGAAGGCUUUGGCUGAAUAUUUGGACAUGAAGAGGUUGGCCUUUCCCAGAUUUUACUUCGUGUCUUCUGCGGAUUUGUUGGAUAUUCUUUCCAAUGGCACCAACCCACAGCUGGUGCAACGUCAUCUUUCCAAACUCUUUGACAACUUGACCAAGAUGAAAUUCCAGCUGGACUCUGAGCAAAAGCCAACGAAAGUUGGCCUGGGAAUGUACAGUAGAGAGGAGGAAUAUGUCAGCUUCAGUGAACCCUGUGACUGCAGUGGGCAGGUUGAGGUCUGGCUGAAUCACGUCCUAGACAGCAUGAGGACUACUGUGAGAGACGAGAUGACAGAAGCCGUCACGGCUUACGAAGAGAAGCCAAGGGAACAGUGGCUCUUCGACUACCCUGCCCAGGUGGCUCUUUCCUGCACCCAGAUCUGGUGGACAACCGAGGUUGGGAUUGCCUUCGCCAGGGCGGAGGAAGGCUACGAGAACGCAAUGAAGGAAUAUCACAAGAAGCAAGUGACCCAGCUGAACACCCUCGUUACCAUGCUGAUUGGGAAGCUCUCCAAGGGUGACAGGCAGAAAAUCAUGACCAUUUGCACCAUUGACGUGCACGCUCGGGACGUGGUGGCAAAGAUGAUAGCACAGAAGGUGGACAACGCCCAGGCGUUCAUUUGGCUGUCACAGCUCCGGCACAGAUGGUCAGAUGAGGAACGGCACUGCUUUGCCAACAUCUGUGACGCCCAGUUCCGGUACUCCUAUGAAUACCUUGGCAACACCCCUCGGCUUGUGAUCACUCCACUGACUGACAGGUGUUACAUCACCCUGACCCAGUCGCUGCAUCUGACCAUGAGCGGAGCACCCGCGGGCCCUGCAGGCACUGGCAAGACAGAGACUACGAAAGAUUUGGGGCGAGCCCUGGGCAUCAUGGUGUACGUGUUUAACUGCUCCGAGCAGAUGGACUACAAGUCUUGUGGGAAUAUUUACAAAGGCCUUUCCCAGACGGGAGCCUGGGGCUGUUUUGAUGAAUUUAACAGGAUCUCAGUCGAGGUCCUUUCUGUGGUUGCUGUACAGGUGAAGAGUGUGCAGGAUGCAAUACGGGAGAAGAAGAAAUCCUUCAAUUUUCUUGGAGAAAACAUUAACUUAGUACCCUCAGUAGGCAUUUUCAUCACCAUGAACCCUGGUUAUGCAGGGCGAACCGAGCUACCUGAGAAUUUAAAAGCUCUCUUCAGGCCAUGUGCGAUGGUUGUGCCAGACUUUGAGCUGAUCUGUGAAAUUAUGUUGGUGGCCGAGGGAUUCAUUGAGGCCCGAGCGUUAGCCAGGAAGUUCAUUACUCUCUACCAACUCUGCAAAGAGCUCCUGUCCAAGCAGGAUCACUAUGACUGGGGCUUGCGUGCUAUCAAGUCAGUGCUAGUUGUCGCCGGCUCUCUCAAACGAGAUGACCCAGAGCGACCUGAGGACCAGGUUCUGAUGCGCUCCCUUCGUGACUUCAACAUCCCCAAGAUUGUGACUGAUGACGUGCCCGUGUUUAUGGGGCUGAUUGGGGAUCUUUUCCCUGCGCUGGAUGUGCCUCGGAAGCGUGACUUGAAUUUUGAGUCGUUUGUGAGGCAGGCUGUGCUGGACCUCCAGCUGCAGGCUGAGGACAACUUUGUGCUCAAAGUGGUGCAGCUGGAGGAGCUGCUGACGGUCCGGCACUCUGUCUUCGUGGUGGGUAACGCAGGCACGGGCAAAUCGCAGGUGAUGAGAUCCCUGAACAAGACUUACCAGAUAAUGAAGCGACGUCCUGUCUGGACAGACCUCAACCCCAAGGCAGUCACCAAUGACGAGCUUUUUGGCAUCAUUAACCCAGCAACACGAGAAUGGAAAGAUGGACUGUUUUCAUCAAUCAUGCGAGAGCUGGCCAACAUCACACAUGAUGGUCCCAAGUGGAUUGUACUAGAUGGAGAUAUUGAUCCGAUGUGGAUUGAAUCUCUUAAUACUGUGAUGGAUGAUAAUAAGGUGCUGACCCUGGCAAGCAAUGAGAGAAUCCCUCUGAACCCAACAAUGCGGCUGGUCUUUGAGAUCAGCCACCUGCGCACAGCCACCCCAGCCACCGUCUCCAGAGCAGGGAUCCUGUACAUCAACCCAUCGGAUCUGGGCUGGAACGCCCCAGUGAGCAGCUGGAUUGACAGGCGAGAGAUCCAGUCUGAAAGAGCGAACCUGACCAUCUUGUUUGAUAAGUACCUGCCGAUUUGCCUGGACACCCUCAGAACAAGAUUUAAGAAGAUUAUUCCCAUUCCUGAGCAGAGUAUGGUUCAGAUGUUGUGCUGCCUCCUCGAAUGCCUCCUCACAGAGGAGAACACACCUCCCGACUGUCCCAAGGAGCUUUAUGAGCUUUACUUUGUCUUUGCUGCUGUCUGGGCCUUUGGUGGAUCCAUGUUUCUAGACCAG